AAAAAAAAAAAUCAUUUAUUCUUAGUCAAUCGUUACUAAAAAAUAGCUUUAGUACCAUUCAAGAAACUAAAAAAAAUCGAUGGCUAAUCUACCACCAACUCAAUAUAACCGUCCUCCACCGUCUCCAAACUUUCGUCCGAUGCAGAAUACUGAGCCAAAUCAACCAAUACAAAGAGGACCUUCUCCUUACCGUCCGCAACCUCCUGGUCCUGGUGGUGCUUCUCCAAAUCAACGACCCGUUACAGAUCCUCGCCAACAAAUAUCACCUUUAGGGCGUCCUUAUACGCCUCCCGGUCCACCUAACUCUCAAACGCGACCGCCUCCACCGGGUGUUAGCCCAUCGCCCCCAUUGCCUGCCAGUUUUCGACCACAACCUCCUCCAAGUAAUGUCCCCCCUUCUGGUGCCGCUCCAGUCAAUUUUUCGCAAGGAAUAGCCAGUCAAAUAAGACCACCAAUGUCGCCGGGCUAUAGACCUGUUCAAAUACAACCAUCGACACCUGGACAUUUACCGUCUUAUCCAGUUCAACAGACUUCAGGUUCCGGUUAUCAAGUAGCGCAGUCGAAUUCUGCCUCUCCUCCUCCAACUGAAAGUCCAGUGUCACCUACAGGAAAUCGUGCAACAUCGCCGCCAGUUGGAACUCAUAAAUCAAAGCGUUUAUAUCCUAAGCAAAUAAAUGAAGCUUACACGGAAACUAACACAUAUCAAACUUUUACACCAGCAGCGGCUUCUAAUAUAACCGGUCAGCAACCAUUACACCCACAACAUCAACAGCCUCAGUACUUUACUCCUGCUGGAGAUCAAAAUUAUACAUCCAUGGCACCAUCCGUACCUUCACCGUAUAACCAGCAAUACACGCAGCCACAACAGUCGCCAAUGACUGCGUUGACGAAUCAAUUUAGUAAUAUGGGUGUCGCAGGACCUUCCCAGGCACAUUUGAUUUCCGUUAAUUUGAUUGGUAUGCCACCGAAUGUCAAAGAUCUAGAUGAUCCACCGCCAACGAUAAAUUUGCCACCUAACACGUCUGUAACUCCUUCGGACAAAGCGAAUUGUGAUCCAUCCUAUAAGCGAUCCACUCUCAACGCCAUUCCCGCCACGUCAUCACUAUUAUCUAAAUCUCGACUUCCUCUUGGCUUAAUUAUUACUCCUUAUAGAAGUCUGAAAGAGGGUGACGAUCCGGUUCCUGUUAUCACGGAUACUGUCAUAGCAAGAUGCCGUAGAUGUAGGACAUAUAUUAAUCCAUUCGUUACUUUUGCAGAAGGUGGACAAAAAUGGAGGUGUAAUAUGUGUUUUCUGUUAAAUGAUGUUCCACCUCAAUUUGACUGGGACAUACAAACAAAUCAACAAGUAGACAGAUGGAAACGUGCCGAAUUAAAUCACGGUGUCGUAGAAUUCGUGGCGCCAACAGAAUAUAUGGUGCGUCCGCCUCAACCUCCAGUUUAUUUAUUUGUAAUUGACGUUUCAUAUCCUGCAGUGCAAUCGGGUGCAGUUGCAACAGCCGCAAGAACCAUUUUGGAGUCAUUGGAUCGGAUACCUAAUGAAGAAAAUCGUACAAAGAUCGGCUUUAUUACAGUGGAUACUUCAUUACAUUUUUAUAGCCUCAAUUCUAGUGCAUCAGCGCCACAAAUGCUUGUUGUAUCUGAUCUUGAGGAUGUAUUUCUUCCACAACCAGAUGAUUUAUUGGUAAAUUUGACGGAAUCUCGGUCAGUUGUUGAGUCUUUACUUAGGAGUCUUGGUGAUAUGUUCAAAGACACUCAGAUUGUUGGCAAUGCUUUAGGUUCUGCUCUUUUAGCCGGUUUUAAACUAAUUUCUCCAAUUGGAGGAAAAAUUGUAGUAUUACAAUCUAGUUUACCGAAUAUUAAUCCUGGAGCUCUAAAACCACGCGAAGACCCUAAAGCAUUGGGUACUCCUAAAGAAUCUGUAUUAUUACAAUCUGCGGAUCCCUUUUAUAAAAAAUUUGCGGUUGACUGUUCUCGGUCUCAAGUCUGUGUGGAUAUGUUUUUACUCGGUUCACAAUAUUCAGAUGUAGCCACGCUAGGUUGCUGUCCACGAUAUACGGGAGGGCAAACAUAUUUUUACCCUGCAUUCAACGCAGGAAGAUCAGAGGAUGCACUCAAAUUUGCACAUGAAUUUGCUGAAUUUUUAGCAAGUCCUGUUGCACUGGAAGCUGUUAUGAGAGUACGAGCUUCAAAGGGCAUACGUAUGACUGCUUUCCAUGGUAAUUUUUUUGUUCGUCAAACGGAUCUUCUGGCUUUGCCUAAUGUUUCAAGGGAUCACUCAUAUACAAUUGAAGUGGGUAUAGAAGAAAAUAUAACCACUCCGACAGUAUGCUUUCAGACUGCUCUUUUACAUACAACUUGUUUUGGUGAACGUCGAAUUAGAGUUCUUACGCUCGCAUUACCAGUAACGAAUAGUAUUAGUGAGGUUUUUACUUCCGCUGAUCAAAUUGCCAUAACUACAUUACUAGCAAAUAAAGCGGUUGAACGAUCAUUAUCCUCAAAAUUGGAAGAUGCUCGAGAUGCAUUAACUAAUAAAAUGAUUGAUAUUCUUGGUGUAUACAAGUCGGCUCUCACAGGUUCUCAGUCGGGAGCCUCGCCGCAAUUGCAAAUUUGUGAUAAUCUCAAAUUAUUACCCUUGUUAUCACUUGGGCUGCUAAAGCAUGUUGGUCUUCGUACGAGUUCGCAAAUUCCAACAGAUUUGCGUUCGUAUGCUAUGUGUUUAUUGACGACGAUGCCUUCUCAGCUAUUAAUUCCUUAUUUACACCCACGAUUCUAUUCGCUACAUAAUUUGUCGCAGGAAGCUGGAACGUAUGGAUCUGAAGGUACAAUAAUGCCCGAGUCACUUAACUUGAGUAGUGAAAAAUUAGAACGGCAUGGGGCAUAUUUAUUAGAAGACGGUCAAAAUAUUUUUAUUUGGAUUGGUAGACAAGUAUCACCUCAAUUGUGUAUAGAUUUAUUAGAUGUUCGAUCAUAUGAAGAAAUUCGUGCUGGAAAGGUCUCUUUACCACAACUUGAUAAUGCAUUCUCACAACGGGUGAAUGCAAUAAUCGGUAAAACUAGAGAAAUGCGACGUGGCGUUUAUUAUCCUCAUCUUUAUAUAGUUAAGGAAGACGGCGAUCCAUCAUUACGAUUGUGGUUUUUGUCACAUAUUAUAGAGGACCGCACAGAUACGGUCAAGAGUUAUCAUCAAUGGUUAGCUCAUUUAAAAGAUAAGGUUAAUUCUGGUUCAUUUUAAUUAAAAAAAGUUAGUAUUUUAUUAUUAAAAGGUAAAACAGGUUUUGCCAUCUGGAUGAUAUUUAUAUUACUAGAUUGGACAUUAUACGAUUAUUUUAGACUUAGCUUUGUGAUCAAAUGUUUGGAAUUAUUUAUUAUCAUUUGAAAUCGAAAGUUUGUUUGGUGUAAAUAUUUUUGUAAGUGAUAAUUCAUGGUUGGUUUGCUUAAUAAUUGUCGUGAUAAACAAAUAUUAAGAUUUAAUAAUCUAUUUUUUUUGAUACAUACUUAAAUUACAUGAUUUUUUUCAAAGUGAUUUACUUUGAUAAAUUGGCUAAAAUUUCACUUUUUUUACUUAAAAAAUGCAGAAUUCAG